CUCCAUCUCUGCUCCUCAGUGACUCGUGGGUCAGUGAAGUGGGAGGACGUGCGCCGCCUUGCUCGUGGAUUACUUAGUGGCGCUGAGGGGCGAUCCUUCAUGUCAGGGUGAGGGCGUGGCGGUGGCGGCCAGCACUCCACAGGCGCGGCGCGGAGGCGAGAGCCGUGGCCCCAUGGUGAACCUCCACGGCAGCCUGCGGCAGGACCCCCGCGGGGGGAUCCGUGAGGUGCUGGAGGUGGGGGGCACGCUGGUGCGGGGAGGCAGCGACCCCGGGCUGGUGCGUGCCGGGGACGUGAUGGUGCGACCCGUUCGUCGCUCCGCCUGCUCCCUUCCCGCGUCCCUGGCGGGAGAGGCGCGGGGCACGCCGGCCCGGGAGGCGCGCCCCCGCAGCGGCGUGCCCGCGCGCCGCAUGCUGCGCGUGACGCGGGACUACCUGGACCCACGGCGGCGGGCGCGGGUGAGGCACACCGUGGUGGGGCGGGAGCAUGGCCGGGACAGGGGCCGCGCGGCGGGGCACGGCAGCGGGGCGGCGCUCAGUGCCUCGCUGGCCGCCGCCGCGUACGCUGCCUCGCCCGCACGCCCGCACCCCUCGCCCCAGGCCACCCAGCAGGCCCCCGCCGCCCACGCCUCCACUGUCCACACCCCCGCCGCCCCCACUGCCUCCACCUCCACCGCGCAGGAGGCGGCACGGCCCCGCAGGUACCGGCGCGGCGUGGCGGGGCUAGCUUCGGUGCUGCGGGGCGAGGACCGCCGCGCGCCGCUGCGCCAAGCGCGCCGUCGUCCUGAGCGCGACGCCAAGAGCCGCAAGUACGUGGCGGGCAGCGCGAGGGGCAGACACCUGCGUCCCCCGCCCCUGUGGCGCCCCUCGAGGCCGCCCUCUGACCCCGUGAAGCCCCGCGGAGGGUCGUGUUGCUGCUGCCCCACCGCCAUGAGAACCACGCCCUGCUCCGCCCUGGUGCUGCUGCCGCUGCACCUGCUGCUGCUGCUCACGCUGGUCGCCUGCCUCAUGAUGGGCGCCUUUGUCUUCCAGGCCCUGGAGGGCCCCGGGGGAGGCGGUGAGGGGGCCGUGGAGGUGACCCACAGCGCCAUUGUCCUUCCUGGCACGCCCCGAGACACUGUGAUGACCAAAACAAGGGAGGAGGUAGUGGACAAACUCCUGAACGCCUCCCUAACGCUGGUGUUGCACAAGAGUCUAGAUGUUAUCAUAAAACUUGUCAUCACCACGCCCAAGAUGCAGGCUGCGUUGAGGGCCUUCCAGCAGGCGGGCGGCGGGCCUCUACCGACGGAGAAGGACGUAGAGAGAUUCAACCGUACGCUGAUGACAGAGUGGCGCCACCAGCUGUACGACCUGACCGCCCGCUACCACGCCCUGGUGCUGCGCCACGCCCACGGGUUCCCGGUCGGCCACUUCGAACGCAGCGCAGUGUGGACAAGGGAGGAACCGCCGCCGCCCCUUCCCUGGACUCUCCCCACCGCUCUUGUGUACUCCUUCUGCCUCGUCACCACCACGGGAGGCCUCCAGGCAGCCACUGACGCCGGGCGGGCUGCGGGCGUAUUCUACAGUGUGGUGGGCCUCCUAGUCUACCUGGGCGUGGUAGUGGUGUGGGCGGCGAGACUAGGGGCAACGCUGUCCUUGCUGUUGAAUCUGUGCACGAGGAGGAGAAAGCAGGAGAAUUCCCCGGGCAGGAAGGGCAAGGGCGGCGCCUCUCCCUAUCACAAGAUGCACUCGUCCCACCCCUCCCAGCCCACGCCGCCCAUUGGCCCCUCCACCUCCUCCACCAGCGAACACACAGCGGGUCGAGUGUGUCUCCUUUUCCUCCUGCUGUUUGUGUACAUCUUGGGCGUAGGAGCACAGGUGUUGGGCGGGGAGACGUUCUGGGUGGGGUUGGAGAAUGCUAUCUACGCUCUCCUCACCAUCCGCCCACCGCGACCUCUGCCUCAGAGUGUGCCUAGGGUGAUUGGUUACCUCGUCUUCACGCUGUGUGGUCACCUUCUCCUUGGACUCUUCGUUUACAGCCUCAAGGAGCUUUGUGUGAAAUGGUGGAGGUUGUGGGGAAGAACAAGCUGAUUACAGGUAUAGCCUCCUCUUCCCCCCCCCCCAUCACACCUACACACCUGCGCAAACACACACACACACACACACACAAACUUGUCCGUCCUACACCUCUCUCUCUCUCUCUCUCUCUCUCUCUCUCUCUCUCUCUCUGCCUCCCAAGGCCAAAAAAAAAAAUGCAAACAAACAAACAAACAAACUACGUCAUUUUUCCCACGAUUAUUAAUAUUACUAAUUAAUAAAGUAAUUUUUGUAGUAA